AUGCAGGUGGAAGCGGAAAGGAGGAAAAGAGCCGCGAUCCUGGAAUCGGAAGGUCAGAGAGUGGCCGCGAUCAACGUCGCUGAAGGAAAGAAGAAAGCUCAAGUCUUGGCAUCGGAAGCGAAGGAAUUGGAACAGAUGAACAUUGCUCGUGGUCAAGCCCAGGCAAUCCAAGUUUACGCAGAAGCUCGAGCUGCGGCGUUAGAACGCAUCGCGGCCGCCAUGGAGAAGAAUGAGGGCUCUGGUGCUGCGUCCCUGACGAUUGCCGAACAAUACGUUGAAGCAUUUUCUAAGCUCGCCAAGGAAACAAACACAAUUAUUUUGCCCGCCAAUAUUCAGGAACCAAGCGCUAUGGUCGCGCAGGCGAUGGCUGUUUACAAGAGCAUCACCUCGGAGAAUCGACGUGCCGAACGGCUGGACCCGCAAAAAAUACUGGAUCAGAGCAAGAAUGACAAU